AUGUAAAUAAAGCGAACUUCAAUUGAAUAAGCUGGUUUGGAAAUAUUGUUGGAAGGCAACAUGUCUCCAAUUGCUAGUUAAUUGGAUUUGGAUUAGGAUACACAAUCAUUUUUGAGUAAGGAUGAUCUGAAGAACAACUUCAAACCCUUUUAAAAUGAGAGAAACUCUAUUGGUAAAUUAAUUCAUAGAGCAAAAAGUAAUGACACCACGUCAAAAUUUCAUUUUCUAAAAAGUUAAUAAAUGGUUUUGCACGCAAAAGACAAAGAGGCUGUACCACAAGCUAAUCAUGCAUUCAAGUGGAGUACCACUCACUUAUUAGGACUUAAGAAACGAGAUAUAACUCCAAAGGAUCAAGCAGUCUCUCUAAGAUAGAGGUUGAGGAAUUUUAAAAUCAAUCUAUAAGCUGAUUAAGGUUUCAUUAAACAGUUUAGAGAAUACAAAAAAUAAUAUGUUCCAAAAACCCAAUUAACCAGAGCCUUCCUGACACCUAGAAGAGAACAUUUCUAUAGGGAUACUUCUACUCCUGGCCCAGGAGUCUACUCAGAUUAACUGUUAAUCACUGAACCCGGUUAAUCUAUUGAGUUUAAUAAAAGUUCAUAAACGACCAAAUCGCCAUCUCCUAUGUGUUAGAGGGACUUCUAUGAUUUCCAAUUUCUGAAAAGGAAUGAUAAUACACCUGAUUUUCAGAGAACAAUUAGCAGGGAUAAGGCGUAUCAAAGAAGUAUUUUUGCUUAGAUUGAAAUUCAGAAGAAGGAGAACAUGAAACUUCAAAAAGAGGAACCUUAUGAUGAAUAAAAAAUAGACAGAGAGAUUGAGUACUUAUUAUAUUAAUAAUAAAAAUAUGGAAAACUAAAUUAUUAGAGGAUAAUUGAUAGCAAUAAUGAAAUCAAGAAGUUAGUAUAGCCUGAUGCUCUCGAUAACAAUUGGAGUAAAAUGCUAGAACGUUAUGGGUUUAAGAAAUUAAAGGGAGGUAAAAUCAAAAAGUAAAGAGUAUAAACAGCUGCAAAUGGGUGA